CCACGGUUUCUGCGGCCUCUGCGAAGUCCGUCGGUAGUGAAAUCUUGUCCGUGCUGGAAUAUAUCAGAGUGCAAGCAUCGCUAGCAGUGGGCAAUCAUUCUCCCCAUUACCCAUCGUCUUCGACGCCUUGCCUUCGAACUGCUCCCAAAUUUGGUUUUACCCUCGUUCAGUCCACAUCGGAAAAGGAAGUCAAUUUGGACACCGAUGCCGACCUUUACAGAUAUCACACGGUUUUUGUCUUGCCAGGCGUUCGGCACCACCAGCGUGCCCCAACUUAACCUCGCAGGCAAAACGAUUAUCGUAACAGGCGCCAAUACCGGCUUGGGCUUCGAGGCGGCGAAGCAUCUUGCUCGUAUGCAAGCCUCUCGACUUAUCUUAGCCUGCCGUAACGUCAGGAAAGGCGAAGCGGCUAAGCUUGCCAUCCUCAAGGACACCGCCUGCGGGAACCAUACGUCCAUUGAGAUCUGGGAGGUAGAUCUUGCCCGGUACGCCAGCGUCCUGGCCUUUGGGAAGCGUGUCAGGUCGGAGUUGAACAGGCUCGAUGGCUUCAUUGCCAAUGCUGGGAUCGAACCUUCAGAGUUCUCGCUUGCCGAAGGCCUAGAGCAGACGCUGACCGUCAACGUUAUCUCGACCUACCUGUCUGCCAUUGUUGUUCUGCCGAAGCUGAAAGAGACGGCAGAGAAGUAUGGCGUAGACACCCGGCUGACGCUGGUGGGAUCGCUGAUUCAUUACUUCGCACCGGACGAUCAGCUCGAUGUUACGACGGACCGAGACACAUUCAGCGCACUCAGUGACUCGAAGACCGCGGACAUGAAGUCGCGAUACCCGCUCAGCAAGCUGAUUGAGCAUCUCAUCUUCACGAAUUUCGUACGGCAGGUCUCCACAUCCGCCGGAACUCACCGAAUCAUCAUCAAUCUGGUCAAUCCAGGCUGGUGCGCAAGCGAGCUCACUCGCUAUAGAUCCAAGGGCUUGGUAGAGCGGUUGAUAUUUUUUAUGCUGGGCAGGACAACCGAGCAGGGCGCUCGGACGCUUGUCCACGGCGUGACGGCUCCAGGGCAAAUGGACGGACAAUAUCUUUCUGAGUGUCAGGUCAAGCCACAGAGCGCGUUCAUGAACAGCGACCGAGGCACGAUGAUUGCUCGGACACUGUGGGAUGAGUUGGUGCGCCGUAUCAAGCAGAUCGACGUAGAAGCUGCAGGCUUCUUGUACUAAGUCGUAGGCUGAGACGCUU